GGACAUUCAAAAGCAGUCUGGUCUGCUACCUUCUCACCUGAUGGAAGGUGUAUUGCCUCAGGUUCCUACGAUUGUACGAUUCGAGUCUGGGACGCUGAAAGUGGGCAAUACAUAUCUGGGCCUUUUGAGGGGCACAAAGACGCCGUUUGUUCUAUCUCCUUUUCCCAAGAUGGAGCACAUGUCGUAUCUGGAUCCAGAGAUAAAACGGCCCGAGUAUGGGAUGUCGAGAGUGGGCAGACCGUCUCUGGCCCUUUUGAAGGCCAUACAGAAAUGGUCUUCUGUGUCGCUUUCUCGCCUGGUGGGAGACAUAUUGUCUCCGGAUCUUAUGACAAGACAAUCAUACUCUGGUACGUCGAAAGUGGGAAAAUCAUUUUCGGGCCCUUGCACAGACACACAGACACUGUCAGAUCGGUUGCUUUCUCGCCUGAUGGCACACAUGUUGUCUCUAGUUCUAAUGACAAAACCGUGUUGAUUUGGAGUACUGAGAGUGGGCAAGUCAUUUCUGGACCUUUUGAGGGGCAUACAGACAGUGUUCAGUCAGUGGCUUUCUCACAUGACGGAGCACGUGUUGUCUCCGGAUCCCUUGACGCGACAGUCCGAGUAUGGGACGUUGAGAGUGGACAGGCCAUUUUUGCACCUCUUGAAGUUUAUACUUUCCUUACCUUACUAUCAGUUGCACUUUCGCUAGAUGGGAGUAGCGUCAUUUCCGGUUGCCAAGAUAAUACGAUUAGAUUUUGGAACGUAAAAGGUAAGGAGAAAGCUCAUUCAUAUGGCCAUCAGUAA